CAACGUUUUCAUGAGUACAAAAACAAUCAUGUGUUUUUGAAUAAGUAUAUUACUUAGAGUGAUAUUGUAUUGCAUAUGGUAUCAAAAGGUACAUUUUACUGAAGUGAAGAACGGCAUAUUAUUGUUAUCAGUAUUUAUUUAUUCGAAAUAUUGUGGAAUUGUGUGUUCUGAUACAGUAACGUUAACUUAAAUGCGUUUUUGUGAUUCAUCACAUUCUGCCUCAACAAAAACAAAAUCAAAACGUCUGCUGUUUACAGAAAACCGUGACACUAAAACAAUAGUUUGUACUGUCAGCUUAGCUUUGUUUCAAGGGCAAGUUCCUAAACCCACGACUGUUGAACUCUUUUUAAAGUUUUAGUUGGGUCAAUGUGAAUGUUAAAACCUUCAUACACACAGGCAGUUUCUCGUGGGCAUUUUAGCCAUGCUGCAGUCUUUCAAGCUCUUCUACAGCAGUAACCUGAUGUUUUCUCGCUCCUGCUCCGGAUAUGUGUCUCGAACGAGGUAUCUUAUGAGAUUAAAGGAAGACGAUGAGGCAUGUCGAGAGGCGUUGAAAUCUGGCAACGUUUUACUGUAUCAUAAACUUGCUCCUCUACUGCAGAAGACCAGAAGUGGGGUUUGCAAAGUGGCUUCUUUCAAAACUGCAGAUUUGGAACAAAUUCUUGAGAAGGUUGGAAGGGGCAAACACUUUGUUAAUGAAUCACUGCUUCUGGGAUGCACCGAUAAGGGCGAACCACAGUUCUCUCUGGAAGUGGGUGAUGUAGAGCGCAGUACAUUGGAGCAGGAGUGCAAAGGUACAUUUGUGGACCUCAGAAAAGCUUUCUUCAUGAUAACUGCAUCAGAGUCUUCUCUUGCGGCAAAAGGACAGGCUCUCCUCCGAUGGCACCAGACCAAUGGCUUUUGUAGUGCUACGGGGCAGCCCACCAUCAGGAACCAAUCAGGAAGUUUCAGAGUUUGCCAAAGCAGUGGCAUCACCUACUACCCUAAAAUGUCUCCAGUGGUGAUUGUUCUGGUGUCUGAUGGGAGCAGGUGUCUACUGGCACGACAGGCCAUGUUUCCUCCAGGCAUGUACAGUGCGCUCUCUGGCUUCUGUGACAUGGGAGAGUCAGUGGAGGAGGCGCUGCACAGAGAGGUAGCAGAAGAGGUGGGCUUAGAGGUGGAGAAUCUUCAGUACUCUGGAUCACAGCACUGGCCAUUCCCACAAAGCUCUUUUAUGUUGGCUUGCCACGCCAUGGUAAACCCAAACAAAACACAGAUGAAUAUAGACAAGGCUGAACUUGAGGAUGCUCGCUGGUUCACUUUAGAAGAAAUAACAACAGCACUGCAGAAUCCUCCACGCAAACCCAGAGAAGAGCCACCUGUGUUCUGGGUCCCUCCUUCUUACGCCAUCGCCAAUCAGCUCAUUCAGGAAUGGGCCAAUCAGCAACAACUAUUAAGAAAUGCACAUGGACUCAAGUAACCACACAACUACAUGCAGUGAUUUAUUAAUAAUAUAGGAUCUUGAUGCAAAAAUCUGAAAUAUUUUUGUUUUGUGCAGAUAAACAGUUGAAGUCGGAAUUAUUAGCCCUCCUAAAUUAUUAGCCCUCCUGUACAUUUUUUUCCUAAUUUCUGUUUAAAGGAGAGAUUUUUCCAACACAUUUCUAAACAUAAUAGUUUUAAUAACUCAUUUCUAAUAACUGAUUUAUUUUGUCUUUGCCAUGAUGACAGUACAGAACAUUUGACUAGAUAUUUUUCAAGACACUUCUAUACAGCUUAAAGUGACAUUUAAAAGCUGAACUAGGUUAAUAAGGCAAGUUGGGAUAAUUAGGCAAGUAAUUGUACAACAGUGUUUUGUUCUGUAGACAAUCGAAAAAUAAAUAUUGCUUAGGGGGCUAAUACUGUUGACCUUAAACUGGUUUUUAAAAAAUGAAGACUUAAAUUUUUUUUUUUUUUAAUUUAAAUUAAAAAAAAAUUAAAAAGACUUUCUUCAGAAGAAAAAAUAUUAUAGGAAAUACUGAAAAAGAUUCUUGAAUCCAUUAAAAUAACUUGAGAAAUAUUUGAAAAAUAAUAAAUAUUGUGCUGGAGGGUGAAUAAUUUUGCCCUCAACUGUAUUUUUUGUGAUUAUCCAGAAGUCACUCUACUUGACAUCUUCAAGAGAUUUAAAAUAAGAACUUUUAAUAUUCUUUGAGUACUGGGACUUGAAAAAUUAUGAAAAUACAUAUGAAUUAUAAAGAUAAUUGUAUCUGAAAAGGGAUUUAAAACAGUAGGAAAACAUUGCACAUCUACCUCAAUUAGUAUUAAUUUCAGCAUUUUCCUUUAGUAUAGUCAUUGAUGACGCUAUGGGGAAACCGUUUUCUUCUUACAAACUGAAGCCUGAUUGGCUAAACAAUAUUACAUACAGUGUAUAGUGCAGUUCAACCUUAAACUCAAAGUGGGAACAUGCAGUAUUUAAUACUAUGCAUGGUGCUGUCUAUUUCAGAGUAUUUUUUUUCCACUUGUGCUUUUCAGUAAUAAGAAGAUAUCCAGAGACUGUAACAUUUUAAUAAGCAUGUUUUAUCAUGUGAUUUUUAAUUAUUUGACAAUAAAUUCAACUGAAUGAAAGAAA